CGACGAUCUCCCCGUUGCGCACAGAUGUCGCGGGCUGCGUAUCAGCGCCGAAACUGAUAUGCGGCGCGCACGCCCUUGGGGGGGGUUGAGCGAUACGUUGUCCCGUUGUCAGGCACGGGUAAUCUUCCUGCGAGCAUUCCGUCGCCGGUUGCGUCUCGGUGUGGAAGCGUGUUUGUGACGAGCCCUUUUUUGCUGCUAACCCCAGUGUAGUGUACGAUCGAGCGUAUUCAUCCCACCUUGGACAGCGUCAGUGUUGUGGGUGUUUGUGUGUUAGUGUAGGGAUUUUUGUUGUUUUUCGGAGGUGCGUAGAGCUGGUACGAGCCCCGCAGGUACCGACAGUGAUCAGGAUACAUCAGGCAACGUGUGUGAUAGAACGAGAUAGAGCGAGAGCGCAUCGAGGAGGUACACGCAUCCUAGCCAACGCUCGCACACACAACCUAGCACGAUGCUGGGCCGGCUGUUACUCUCACGCGGAUAUCACAGCACAAAGGGUGUGUUUGGGCAUCGCCCCCGGCCAACGACGCGCUAUGAAGGACUUGCUGCAGCGGUGCUGGACAAGCGCAACGCCAACGCCAACGUGUACCGGUGGGUCGAGGCAUACCGCAACCAUGGUCACCGGAUGGCCGCGAUUGAUCCGGUCAAGUUUCACCUAGCAGACGAGGCCGCCAGCGAACCCCUGCCAGAGCUCCAGUACGCCCGGUACGGGCUCGGCGCGGCCGAUCGGAUCGAUCCGCGCGGUCUGCUCAAUGUGCCCGCCGCCCAGCAGCCCCUGUCGAUGGCCGAGCUGGACGCGCUGCUCGCCCGCAUGUACUGUGGCAGCUGCAGCAUCGAGCUCGCGUUCAUCGAGUCGGAGCAGGAGCGUGAAUGGUUGGCCGGCCGGUACGAGCAGCUGUUCCAGCACGAGCUGACGGAGGGCGAGCGGCGCGAGCUGGCCGAGCUGAUGCUUAAAUCGCAAGCGUUCGACCAGUUCCUGGCCGUCAAGUUCCCGACGGUCAAGCGGUACGGGGGCGAGGGCGCCGAAAGCAUGAUGGCGUUCUACUGGGAGCUGUUCCGGUCGGCGGGCGAGCACGAGCUGCGCAACGUGGUGAUCGGUAUGCCGCACCGCGGCAAGCUCAACGUGCUGACGACGAUGUUUGGGACGCGGCCGGCGAAGAUAUUCAAAAAGUUCAAGGGCCACCCGGAGUUCCCGGCCGACGCGCAGGCGAUGUGCGACAUUGCGAGCCAUUUCCACACCUCCACGGAUAUAAUCGUGGGCGGUAAAACAUUUCACCUGAACAUGCUGCACAACCCGUCCCAUCUGGAGGCGGUCAAUCCGGUGUCGAUGGGCAAGGCCCGAGCGAAACAGCUCGCCCUGGCCGACGGUCCGUACGAUACGAGCGGCACCGACCGGCGCUCCAAGGUGCUGAACGUCCAGGUGCACGGUGAUGCCGCCUUUCCCGGCCAGGGCAUCAACCAGGAGUGUCUGAUGAUGGCGGCCGUGCCGCACUACGAGGUCGAGGGCACGGUGCACCUGAUCGUGAACAACCAGGUCGGCUUCACGACGCCGGCCGAGCGCGGCCGCAGCACCCGGUACGUGUCCGAUCUGGCCAAGGCGAUCAUGGCCCCGGUGGUGCACGUGAACGGCGACGACCCGGAGGCGCUGGCCGGCGUCACGCAGCUGGCGAUCGAGUACCGGCAAAAGUUUGGCAAAGAUUUCUUCAUCGAUCUGAACUGCUACCGGCGCUGGGGCCACAACGAGCUGGACGAUCCGACCGUGACCAACCCGCUGCUGUACCGGGUGAUCCACGGCCGGCCCUCCAUCCCGGACCGGUACGCCGGCCGGUUGAUCGAGGCGGGCGUGUUCGACCAGCAGGACGUGGACGCGAUCUCGAACAGCCACCGGAACUAUCUGACCGCCGAGCUGGCGGCCUGCGAGCAGUACGAGCCGGAGCGGAGCUAUUUCGGCGGACAGUGGGCCGGCCUGCAGCAGCCCGGCGACGAGGUGACGGUGUGGAACACGGGCGUCGACUACCGGCUGCUCAGCCACAUCGGCCAGGAGAGCGUGCGGCUGCCCGAGGGUUUCAAUGUACAUCCGCAUCUGCAGAAGACUCACAUUGAUGCGCGCCGGAAGCGGAUUGCCGAGGGGCAGCGGAUCGAUUGGGCCACGGCCGAGGCGCUCGCCAUCGGCAGCCUGAUGUACCAGGGCUUCAACGUGCGGCUGAGCGGGGAAGAUGUGGGCAGGGGGACGUUUGCCCAGCGCCACGCGAUGCUGGUCGAUCAGCAGACGAACGAAAUCUUCAUACCGCUGAACGCGAUGGCCGCGGCGACCCCGAACGCUGGCCGGUUCGAGCUGGCAAACAGCAUCCUCUCGGAGGAGGCGGUGCUCGGGUUCGAGUACGGCAUGGCCAUCGACAGCCCGAACAGUCUGGUGCUGUGGGAGGCCCAGUUCGGCGACUUCUUCAACGGUGCGCAGAUCAUCAUCGACACGUUCCUGGUCAGCGGAGAAACGAAAUGGAUGGUCUGCAAUGGGCUGGUGAUGCUGCUGCCCCACGGCUACGAUGGGGCCGCCUCCGAGCACAGCUCCUGCCGCGUUGAGCGCUUCCUGCAGAUGACGGACUCGCGCGAAACCAGCCCGGACGGGGACGCGGUCAACCUGCAGAUCAUCAACCCGUCCACCCCGGCCCAGUACUUCCACGCCCUGCGCCGCCAGCAGAUACGCAACUUCCGCAAGCCGCUGCUGGUCGUGGCGCCCAAGACGCUGCUCCGCCUGUCCGACUGCGUGUCGCCGCACACGGACUUUGCCCCCGGCACGCACUUCCAGCCGGUGCUGCCCGAUCCGGCCCCGCUCGAUCCGAAGCGGGUGCGGCGCGUCGUGCUGUGCAGCGGCAAGCACUACUACACGCUCGCGUCCGAGCGCCAGGCACGCCAGGUGACGGAUGUGGCGCUCGUGCGCGUCGAGUCGCUCUGCCCCUUCCCGGUGCAGGCCAUCCGGGACGAGCUGGCCAAGUAUGCGAAUGCGCGCGAGUUCGUCUGGAGCCAGGAGGAGCACCGGAAUAUGGGCGCGUGGACGUUCGUGCAGCCACGGUUCGAGAACAUGUGCGAGCGAAGGAUUCAGUACCGGGGCCGUCCGGAAGCUGCCACCGUUGCCGUCGGUGUCAGCAAGUGGCACGUGCGGGAGGCCGAGGAUGUGAUUAAAACCACCCUGUAUUAAAACCAAAAAAGAAACGUUUCCCUUACGCUCCAA